UAAACACAUUAGUCUAAUAACUGUCAAAAAAAUAAACUUGAAAAAACAAGUACUAUUUGUUAUAAUCGGAAUUGUUUCUCUCUCUGUUUAAGCUGCUUUAAGAAACCCAUAAGCCAAAGUUUAUACAUGUUGAACGUGAAAGAUGCUUUUUUGACAGACCAAAAAAAAAAAAAAAGACACCCAAAACAAAAUUUGAACAUCAGCCUCUUCCCUGUUUUUGACUUCAUUUUAUCUUCAAAGGGUCUUUCCUUAUGCGCACCUUACGGCUUGGAGUUGCUUCCAAAAGGACAAACCUUCUUUUUGGCUCUAAACUAUAUCAGCGUCACUCUCAUACAAAAGCAUAUGUUACCACACCUAUUUACUAUGUGAAUGCAGUUCCUCAUAUUGGUCACCUUUAUUCAACAGUAUUGGCUGAUACACUUCGUAGAUAUUAUAUAUUGCAUGGAAAAGAGGCCAUCCUAUCAACUGGAACUGAUGAACACGGUCUGAAGAUCCAACAAGCUGCAGAAAAGAAUGGUAUGGAACCAUUGGAUUUUUGUAAUAAAGUAUCUGACAGCUUCAAGAAACUGUGUGAAGCAGCCAACAUUCAAUAUACGAGUUUCCAACGAACAACAAGUAAAGAUCAUGCGACUGCUGUCAAUGAACUAUGGAACACACUUUUAAAGAACGGUUACAUUUACAAGGGAAAGCAUGAAGGGUGGUACGCGGUAUCUGAUGAAGCAUUCUACGCAUCUGCUCAGGUUGAAGAAGUGACAGACGAAAAGACAGGUGAAAAAAUCAUGGUAUCUAAAGAAUCAGGGCAGCGUGUGGAGUGGACGUCUGAAGAAAACUACAAGUUCAAACUUUCUGCAUUCGAAAAGGAUUUGCUCAAAUGGAUCGAUGACAAUCCGAAGGCCAUUGUGCCUCAGAACAGAAAAAACGAAGUUCUUUCUUGGAUACGGGCUGGGCUCGCUGAUUUAUCUGUAUCUCGCUUACGAGCACGGUUGAACUGGGGAAUACAGGUGCCAAAUGAUCCAGAGCAUACAAUCUAUGUUUGGUUAGAUGCUUUAACAAACUACCUUACUGCAACUGGAUACCCUUGGAAAAAGGAUGCACCCUUAAAGGACGCCUUUCCUCCUGACGUACAGAUUGUUGGAAAGGACAUUGUAAGGUUUCAUGCCAUCUUUUGGCCUGCCUUCCUGAUGGCAGCUGGUUUACCCAUACCCAAACAGAUCCUUGUACAUGGCCAUUGGACGAUGAAUAAACAAAAAAUGUCAAAGAGCAGAGGAAACGUUGCAGAUCCCUUUGAGGUCAUUGACCGUUACGGCGUUGACCCUGUUCGCUUCUAUCUUGUCCAUAAUGGUGGCAUGGCAGACGAUGCAGACUAUUCUGAGACAAUGAUUGCACAACUUUAUUCAAAGGAACUCGCCGGUCAAUUUGGUAACUUAUUAAGCCGAGCGACAGGUAAAGCCUUACUUCCCAGUCGAAUAGUACCUACAAGAAAGGACAUUGACAUUGGAGAUGAAACACUGCAUCAUAUGUUAUUGGAAGUGGCAGAUAAAUACCACGAAGCCUUUGAAGAACGACAAUUUGGAAGAGCACUGUCUUUAAUCGUCGAUCUUCUAUCGCAGGCAAACAAAUACUUUACUCGCGCUGAGCCUUGGAACCUGGCAAAGAAACCUGAAGAAAAGGAUAAACUUGAUACAGUUCUAUGGUAUUCCUUAGAGACAUGUCGUAUUGCAGGAAUUCUUCUACAGCCUGUUAUGCCUACAAAGAUGAAUGAGCUACUAACUGGCUUAGGGGUUUCUCAAGAGGAACGAUACUUUAAAGACGCAAAGAAACUAGUGAAUAAGGAGAGACCAUUGGGUGAAAUGGGUGGCGUUCUGUUCCCUCGCAUCAAGACGAGCAUAAAGGAAAAUUGAAAUAUUUUAGAAUAAAUCAUGGAUUUACUUUAUAUAAAUCACUUUGUACGUGAUAAAGUCAAUAUUUGUGUUUAAUCUCUUUAUUAUCUACUUUUGAGAGAUAUAAUUUAUUAAACUGAAAGCAUUUUGUGGUUUCCCUAGAAAAAG